AAACCAUGUCGACUUCUGUUAAGCAUCGUGAGUUCGUCGGAGAGCCAAUGGGCGACAAAGAAGUCACAUGCAUCGCCGGGAUCGGGCCAACAUAUGGCACCAAGCUCACCGAUGCAGGCUUCGAUAAAGCCUACGUACUGUUCGGACAGUAUCUCCUUCUGAAGAAAGACGAGGAUUUGUUUAUCGAAUGGCUGAAAGAGACGGCUGGAGUGACUGCAAAUCACGCGAAGACGGCGUUCAAUUGUUUGAACGAGUGGGCAGAUCAGUUCAUGUAAACUGCUCAAUAUUUCUGCUAAGCAUCGAUUUGAUUCUCCUCUAUAAUCAUCAAUGGCCAUAUUUGCACUUCGAAAAACACCAUUUGUUCCAGUGUAGUCGUUUUCCGCUUUGCGACUAUGCCCCAUUUCAAAUUAAUCUGUUUCUGAAAUAUUUCUCAUACUUCCAAGUUUUCCCCCUUGUCGUGUGGUCUUGGACUACGGUUCUUGUUUUGUUUUUGACUUUAAUUUUGCGAUUUUUCUCCCUCCAAAUAAAAUAUUUUCUACG